GUUGGAGGUAUGUGUUGGUGAAGAACCCAGAUCAAUGAAGGUUGUUGUGAACUCCGCUGACUUUUAAGGAUUGUCCAUUUCUGGGAUCCGACAGGAUGCAAGUUCAGAAGGGCAGUUCUCAAUCUUAUACAAACACGAGGACACCGCUUUAUUUUAUCUUGGAAGAUGAGCAUCACAUUCUGUCGGAGGAACAGAAAGCGUACAGGGCCAGGACACGCAAGUUCUCUCUGGAAACAAAUCGCCGCAGGAAAGCUCAGGAGGAAAGGAGGAGGGAGGAGGACAUCAGGGAGCAGAGACUGAGGGAGGAGAUUUUGCAGCAGCGCAGGCACAAGGUGCAGGAUGUCACUGAACGCUUCCAGAGGGCCCACCUGCCACCCUCCCAGAGGAAGAGACAAGCUUCCAGAAGGGCUACUCCUCACCUAGAAGAGGCUCUAAAUCAGAUUCAAGGCUCUUCCAGCUCAUCUGCCCUACAAUCCACAUUCUUCAGAAGGCCCACCAGUAAUAGGAGCUAUGCUUCCUCCCCCAAUUCCUCAGCAAGCUCGACCGGACUCCAGUACCAAAAGCAGCUGUCAGCAGCGGUGCCGUAUGCCAAGCUCAUGCAGGAGAGGAGCGGAGUUGCACUCAAGAACAGCCAGCUGCUGUUUCACAACGAGCUGCAGGAGAAACAGCGCCUCCUAGAGGAGCGGCAGAUAAACAGCUUACAGGACUUUCAACGAGAAGUCGGUCAGAUUGGCCAAUCAGAAAGCCUGUCCAGUCUGGAUAGUUUGGAAAACGAGGGUCCCUGCCACCAACCAGCUGUGACCCACGCACUCAAUUCCUCUUCAGAGAAUUCGGAGGUCCUGAACUGUGCCAGGCCCCAGUCACCACAAAAACACUUCAACAGUCAUGAUGAUAUGUGCAGGCCGCAGAACGAGGCUGUCGCAGGCUCUUCUCCCCCAACACAGGAUACUGAGGAGCCGGGAGAGUACGAUAAGACCGCACAGGCCAGAGGGGAGCGAAUUACAGAGAGCCAGAAAGCAGCCCCUGCUCUAAGUCACCAGUCAACAUUUGCUCAGAGAGGAAUCAUAGGCAAUAUAGUCCACCUGCCGCAGCAGAGUAAAUCUGAUCAACAGAACUGCGUCAGCGAGAAGGCCCCUGCUCUCAGUCAACAAGCCGCAACCAUCCUAGGAGGAAUAGCGGGCGAUGUAGUGCACCCAGCAGACCUGGGUGAAGCCAAGAAGGCCCCCGCUGGCACACCUUGCAAAGCAUGGACCAGCCCAGACACCACACCCCCUGAAUCCUCAUGGCCGAUUCAAGGGGAUGUCUACGGACACAUGAGAACUCAAGCGGACAGGUUUAUAAACCGCCCAGAAGCCACUCAGGUUGUAUUGCUCUCUGGCCUGUGCAGUGACCGAGAGCUCUCUGGCUACAUCUCUGAAGAUCCCAGUGCUGUACCAAGUGCCAUGAGCCAGAUGAGCCCAGAUCAGGAAGGCUCUGUUACCAAACCCAUGGAAAGGAUGAGUCACCUGCACAAGAUCCAUCUGGCCUGCAAUGCCAAGACGAACUGCAAUAAGGAUACAGACUGUGGGAUCAGCACCCAGAUCAGGCCUUCAGAGCCAUAUGAGCUUGCCUCUAGGAGUUAUCACGUAAAGGUCAGCCAAGGUCAUGAGCAAGAGGUGCCAAGUAGAUUAACCUUACCUUCCACUUCCAGUUCAGGCUCCAAAGCUGGUCCGUCAAAAUCUGUUAAAGGGAUACUCAAAAAAGAAUCCAAAUAUGCGACCACGUGCCAUGCCAAAUUAACCUUCUCCCCAGUCAGCUGUGCUGUAUCCAACCACUUCUUGAUGUCUGUAAAGGACAGCAUGGAGGUAGUGAAGCAGAGGGAGAGAGACAUGGAGGUUGGGAAGGGUGUGAAGAAGAAACUGCGCUGGUAUGAUGAAAUGUGCUUCCAUGAGGAAAAUGAUGAAAGCAAGCCACUCCAGGAUGCGAUCUGCCAGCAAGUGCAGGGGCCGGGCAAGCCGUCAGUCCCUCUUGAAUGUAAAACCGUCUCAGUGGGACACCUGGAGGGUCAAGUCCCAGCCUCCGGUUUGGGGAAGACAGCCCCAGCCCCACAUGUUGUGACACUCACAACCCCUGCAACCAUUGUGGGUCAUCUCUUGACAAAACAGGCCUGGGGGUAUGGUAUGGGUUCAGAGCGGGAAAGAGGUGAGGAGGCCCGUCCUGAGAGGGGGGCUCCUCGUAGGGCUCGACCGAGGGGGCCCCGGAGGGUACGCUCCGCCAGGGCCUGGCUUGGCCCUGCCCCAUCCAGAACCAGGAAGGGUGUGGCAGUGAGGCCACAAUCAGCCUCCGAGGCCAGCCAAGUGCACAAGGGUACCCAGGGGAGGAUCAUCAUGCCCCACCCUCCGCCCAAAUCCACUUUGCCUGAGGGCAGGCCAGCCCUGGAUUCAAGCACUGUGGAGGAGGGGAGGGCAACAAAUGCUGCCAAAAGUGUGUUUGGUGACAUCCAUGGAAGGAUGGGUUUUCCAGCGGAACAGAGUGAUCUCCCUGAAGGCUACAACCUUCCCCCUGGGAACUCUGUUCUCACAACUACUGGGGGAGUGGCCUUCACCCCAUUCCCACCCUCCUACACCCUCUCCAACUAUGAAACUGUCAGCAAGGCAACCAAUGCCGUGGGUAGUGGCCAACAGGAUACCCUGGGAGUGGCCAGCAGACGAGGGCCACUGUACGUAGAGCAUGGCCUGAAAUUGGCACAGACUCCCACUGAUGAGGAGAUCUCCCAGCUGUGGCAUGGAGUCCGCAGUGCCUUAUCACCGAAAGAUGGUAAACCUGGAACCCUUGCAGUUUAUAAUGGCCUGUUAUCUGAGCUGUCCCAGGCCCGUGCCAACCUGUCCCAUGUCACCAUUGACGGCGGCAGCCUGAUCAGCGGUAUCAAAGCGGUGACUAGGAUGGGAGGGUUUUUUGUCACCACUCCUAAUGCCACAAAGAAUACAGUUAGGAGGAAACAGGCUGUGGAUGGCAUCGGGACAAAGCACAGAGCACUUUUGGAGCAGAGGAGGGUGAACUCUGGUUCAGGAAUGAGGAAACCACCAGCCCCCAGUCAGACCAGUGUGCAGAUAAGUCCAUUGGGCAGUAAAGCUGACCAGAUUGCAGGUGUUGCACUCCAAGAUGAAGUUUCCGAGAGCACGGCCCAGUUCCUGCUGGCGGAGACCCUGGCUGAUAGCUCUGCGACGGGCGACGACAUCCUGGCUGCCAUGGAGACUGCGCACACGCAGUUACAGCAGCAGACUGGACCACAGCAGUGCCCCCAGUCGCCAGGCCCAAACAUGAGUGCCCUAUCUCUGGAGGAGCAGAGACUGCUGCAGUCUCUAGACCGCCUCAACUACAGGCUGCAUUGUGUGCAGGAGGCUGCAGCAGGAAAUGCCACCAAUCCCAGGGUCCUACAAAUCACAGCUCCAACUACUAGCCUGUCGUCCCGGUUAGUGGAGGGGCAGGCCAUGGCCCAGCGUCGCUACUGCACCAAUUCUGCUGCCAGCCGCUCCCGCUUGGAGAGGCGAUACUGACCGGAUGUCCCCCAACACCAGUCCUCCCCCCUUUUGUCUCCCCUCCUUUCUCCCAGAACCUACCUUUCCCAGAACAUUACUUUUUUACCUUUCACCAAGCACUUUAAUCUUGUACUCUCUGCUGUUUAUUAAAACAAAUUAGUGACUUUGUCCUUUUUAAGGAUGUAAGCACUUAGAAAUGUUCUGAUGUGUUGCUCAAGCCAUUCCACCCUUGGCAUUUAGCAUGUAGACUUUCUUAUUUUAAUAAUAGAGCCACAUGAACCUUAAAUGUCUUUUACUGCUGAAGGACUGCUUUCUUAAUGAUGGGGAAAUGUAAGAAAAAAUAUUUAAAAUGUUGAACUAUUCAAGAAACCCAACAAUGCUACUGUGCUGUAAAUGGGAUUAACUGGAUGUUUUUUGUCCAUACACAUUACAUAUUAGCAGAUUGAAUCCAGUUAUAUACUGCAUAUAGACUUUUUUGCAAUACACCAGAAUGUUUGUCAAGCUAUCGAACUUAAGUAAAGUUUACAGCAGAUUUCUUUAUUUAUACAGUGGGUGGAUUUGAUUAUAGGCUUUAUUUUUGAUUGUUUACAACGCUAUAACAUAAUACUUAUUUUUAUAUUUGUAUGUAUUAUUGGAGUUGUUUUAUAAGUACAUGUACAGUGUCGUCCAUAAUGUUUGGGACAAAGACCAAUCGUUGCCUCUGUAUAUCACAAUUUCAUAUUUGUAGUAAAAUAAAUUGUGGUUAAAGAGCACUUUUUUAUUUAUUUUAAUAAAGGGUAUUUUUUUA